CACAAACAGGCUGAUCAGCAUUAUAAGGAGCCAUCUGUUCAAUUGGUGAAAAGAAUUGAGAGUGAAGCUCAAAAAGAAAAUAAGAAAUGUUCAAAAGGAGUUAAAAAGGAGAAGGGAAGCCACCCAAUGAAGGGUGAAAAGGAAUUGGCAGCUUCUAAGGGUGUUGAUCCCAGUGAAAGCCUGAUCAUCAGGGAAAAACCCAAAGGAGAACAAAGCAGAAAGGAUUCCAUCAUAGGAAAAGCAUUCAAAUGUACCUCAGACAUAGUAGACCCAGUAGAAAAACCAAAUCAGUGUGUAGACCAUGGAGAGUGCAUCCGUGUAAGCUGCAGUCCUCUUUCACAUGAAAUAGCCGAGAGAGGGGAGAAAGAGUAUAAAUGCAUACAGUUUGGAAAAAGCUUCACUGCAAGCAGUAAUCUUUGUAUUCAUGAAAUGACUCACACUGAGAAGACACCAUAUAAUUGCUUGGAAUGUGGAAAGAACUUCAUUGACAGUACCAGCCUUAGUUCACAUAGAAGAACUCACACAGGGGAGAAACCACAUAAAUGUGUGGAUUGUGGGAAGAGUUUCAGGCACAGCAGUAACCUUCAUUCUCAUCAAAGAACUCACACUGGGGAGAAACCGUAUGAAUGCAUGGAAUGUGGAAAGAGCUUCAGUCGGAGUGGUAACCUAAGUUUACAUCAAAGAACUCACACUGAGGAGAAACCAUAUAAAUGCAUGGAAUGUGGAAAGAGCUUCAGACAGAGUGGUAACCUUAGGUCACAUCAAAGAACUCACACUGGGGAGAAACCGUACAAAUGCAUGGAAUGUGAAAAGAGCUUCAGUUCCAGCAGUAAACUAAAUUCACAUCAAAGAACUCACACAGGGGAGAAACCUUAUAAAUGCCUGGAAUGUGGAAAGAACUUCAAUGACAGUACCAGCCUUAGUUUACAUAAAAGAACUCACACAGGGGAGAAACCAUAUAAAUGCAUGGAAUGUGGAAAAUGUUUCAUUCAGAGCAGUCACCUUAGUUUACAUAAAAGAACUCACACCGGAGAGAAACCAUAUGAAUGCAUGGAAUGUGGAAAGAGCUUCAGUUCCAGCAGUAAACUAAAUUCACAUCAAAGAACUCACACAGGUGAGAAACCGUAUAAAUGCAUGGAAUGUGGAAAGAACUUCAUUGACAGUACCAACCUUAGUUUACAUCAAAGAACUCACACAGGAGAGAAACCAUAUAAAUGCAUGGAAUGUGGACUGAGCUUCAAUCGGAAGGAUAACCUGAAUUCACAUCAAAGAACUCACACAGGUGAGAAACCAUAUAUAUGCUUGGAAUGUGGAAAGAGCUUCAGUUACAGUAGUAAACUAAAUACACAUCAAAGAACUCACACAGGUGAGAAACCGUAUAAUUGCAUGGAAUGUGGGAAAAAGUUCAUUGACAGUACCAGCCUUAGUUCACAUAGAAGAACUCAUACAGGGGAGAAACCGUAUAAUUGCAUGGAAUGUGGGAAGAGUUUCAGACACACCAGUAACCUUCGUUUCCAUCAAAGAACUCACACUGGGGAGAAACCGUAUGAAUGCAUGGAAUGUGGGAAGAGGUUCAGUCGAAGCAGUCACCUUAGUUCACAUCAAAGAACUCACACUGGGGAGAAACCGUAUGAAUGCAUGUUAUGUGGAAAAAGCUUUAUUCAGAGUGGUGACCUUAAGUUACAUCAUAGAACUCACACGGGGGAGAAACCAUAUGAAUGCAUGGAAUGUGGAAAGAGGUUCAGUCGGAGCAGUCACCUUCGUUCCCAUCGAAGAACUCACACUGGGGAGAAACCAUAUAAAUACAUGGAAUGUGAAAACAGCUUCAGUCAGAAAUUUAACCUUGGUUCACAUGAAAUAAUUCAUACAGAGGAAAAGCUAUAGAGAUGCUUGGCAUGCAGAAGAGGUUUAAGUCUGAUCAGUUACCUUAAUACACAUCAAAGAACACACACAGGGGUGAAACCAUGUAAAUGUACUGUAUGUUGAAAGAACGUCAGUCAGCAGUAGCCUUAAGGAGAGAAAGCAUGCACGUACAUGUAAUGUGAAUGGAGCUUCAAACUUCGAACUGUUAAAAGUGAACCCCAGCAAACAGAUAAGUUUGCAAAUAAAUAUAGAAAUGGGGAGAUCAAACAAGAUGGCACUAAAUAUAACCACAUUGUAUACCUCUUUGAAAGCAGAAGUUCAAAUGGCAGUGGGUAAGACAAAAAGAGGUGAAAAAACUCAACUCAGCCCUCCAUCCUACCAAGGAUGGUUAAAUGAGUGCCCAGCUUGCUAGGAGGCAAAGUGUUCCAUUAUUACGUUGUAAAUCACCCAGAGCAUAUCUUAGGUGUUCCUGAGAUGGUAUGUGAGUUCAAGCAAAAGGAGCAGCAACAACAAUCAUGUUAUGGAAAAUGGAUUAAAAAUAUUGAGAGAUGAAGUUGAGCAUCGAGAAAAUUGUAAUUGCCAUAAAAACUUCCAUUUAAGGAAUUUUAAACAGGGAGAAAAGACAGUGAUCUUGAGAUAUAUAGUCCUGAAGUGCAUUUAAAACCUCUGCCUGCCUGGAUUUCAAGAUGAUGUCAGAGGAUUUAAUUUUGAAAGAGUUCACAGACUGGGUCCUAAGCAAGAAACAUGGUGAAUAGAGGUACACGUUAUAGAACAAACAGCAGUGCUCCAUUCAUUAAACAACAUAGAAUCAUAGAGUUGGAAGAGACCACUGAGGCCAUCCAGUCCAACCCCGCCAUACUGGAACAUCCAUCAAAUUACUCCAAACAGAUGGCUAUUCAGCCUCUGCUUAACAGCCUCCAAAGUAGGAGACUCCACCACCCUUCGAGGCAGCCUAUUCCACUGCCGGACAGGUCUGACCCUCAAGAAGUUCUUCCUAAU